GCAAAACCAAAGCCGAAUUAGCCAACUGGAGAAACAAAAGAGCCGAAUUAGCGCGCACUAGCAAUAGAGAGAGGGAGGGAUUUGCCCGGAAAAGCACGAAUUAGCCGCUUUAACAAACCAAUCCCAGCGAGCUUUUACCAACCGCUGCUGCUGGAGCUCCUCCUACUUCUUCCUCCUCUUCUUCUCUAGAGCUCCUCCGAUCCGUUUCACCUCGCUGCGGUUUAACCCUCCCUUUCUCGCACCUUCCGCAUCCGCAUCGCCUCCUCCUUAAGCAACGGCGGCCGCGGAGCGGGGCCCGACGCUCUAGCAUCCUGCCCGCGCUCGCGCCACCCACCAGCAACAGACCAAGGGAUCCACGGACGCGCACUGCGGCUGCUAGGUUGGUCGCUAGCUCUCUCCGCGGCGGGCGAGGGGGGGCGGUCAAUGGCGGCGGCGGCGGUGGCGGGCCGGGAUGCGUGAGAUCGCGGGCCGGGCGUAUGGGGAAGGAGGCCGGCGAGGGGCACCAGCGGCGGCCGCCGGACGGGGCGGGCGCCAGCGGGGGAGAAGGAGGAGGAAGAAGGGGCGGGAGGUUCUGCUGCUGCGGACGAGGAGGAGCGGGUGUGGUGCGGCUGCAAUGCGUGGCGGCGCUCGUGCUCGGCGCGGCCGUGCUGCUGUCGGCGCUCUUCUGGCUGCCGCCGUUCGCGGGCCGCGGGAACGGGGCGGAGGGGCCGGAUCCGGCCGCCGGGUUCCAAGAUGAUAUAGUGGCAAGCUUUAGGUUACGGAAGACGGUUUCUGAGCUCAGCGGAAAUACAUCCCAGCUCGAAUUGGACAUCUAUGCGGAAAUUGGACUCCCUAACACCACUGUGGUUGUAAAUUCACUACAGCCAUUAGUUGGAUCGAACUGGACAAAUGUCAUCUUCAGCAUUGUGCCUUAUCCAAAGAACUCGACUAUAUCAUCAACAUGGUUGAGCCUUCUUAGGUCUUCUUUCAUGUCCUUGGUUGUGCGACAGUCAACACUCCACUUGACCGAGUCCCUGUUUGGGAAUUCAUCUUCCUUUGAAGUGCUCAAGUUCCCUGGUGGAAUAACAAUAAUUCCUGUGCAAAAAGCUUAUCUUCCUCAGAAACCCCAUGCAACUUUUAAUUUCAGUCUGAAUUUCCCAAUAUACAAAGUACAAGACAGAACUGAUGAGUUAAAGGAUCAAAUGAAGGCAGGACUGCUACUCAAUUCUUAUGAGAAUCUUUUUAUCAAAUUGGGAAAUUUGCAAGGUUCAACAGUUCUUCCUCCCACUAUUGUUGAGACCUAUAUUGUUCGUGUUGUUGGGAAUCACCAGCCAUCUGUACCAAGGAUGAAGCAGUUGGCGCAAAAAAUUACGAAUUCAUCUUCAGGGAACCUUGGUCUGAACCAUACUGUAUUUGGCAGAGUAAAACAGAUAAGCCUGUCCUCCUAUCUUAGACAUUCUUUGCAUAGUGGGGGCUAUUCUGAUGCACCUAGUCCAGCACCCAUGCAACAUCAUGGUCAUCACGGCCAUCAUCACCAUCACCAUGGUCAUGAAGACAACAGGCAUUUGACUCCUGCUCCUGCUCCAACAAAUUUCCCUGUACGUACUCCCAGAUACGUUGCUCCAUCUCCAUCUGGGUGUCCAUAUGGCAAAAGGCCAAACAACAAGGUUCCUGUAACGCCAGCUGCUGAACCUGUAGCCGAUGAUCACCAUUAUACUUAUCCUGUUGCUUCGCCGCCUCAUCCAUUGUCACCUUCGCCUGGUCAGCAUCCUCCACAUGAUCCCAGAAAGAACAGUGGAUCACCCGUUCCAUCCCCUCCAGUUCUUCCAGAGCCGCCCUUGCCCAUCGUUUCUCUUGGUCAUGCGCAUCCUCCAAGUGAGCAUGCAACAACAGGUCCAUCUGCUGGAAUGUCAAAUGUGGCCCCUGCACCUCAUUCAUCUCAUGCUACCCUGAGGCGCUACUGCCAUUGGCUCCUGGUACCCCUCAUACUAUGUACCCUGCUGAGCCUCCUAUGACACACCGACAAAACACGCGGCUAACCAGACGAUCUAAACUAGAGAUGUUUCGAAGAGAGGACACGAUGGAGGCACGGCCGGGUUUUUUCUUCUCGUUCUUAUGUCCGCUUACAGCCGGGGCGGGUGGUGGAGCACAACAACGCAGUGCCCCCCUCUGCCUCGGCGUUCGUUCUGUCAUGAGUCCGCUGUUAUAUAUACUUGUUAGUCCAAUGUAAAUAUGGAUGGGAUAUGGGGUAUAAGGCAAGAAGGGCGAAAAAAAAGGGCAGAAGCAGAGCUGAGUGCAAAGCUGAGUGGUCAAAGCCACAGCGGUGGCAGGCCCUUCUUUUCUCUGGCUGUGCACCGGCAAUGCCUUUGCCUACGCCGGAUCGCCAUGUACUGCUGCUGCUGCUGUUCAGAAGAGGAUACGUUAUCACAUUCCAGUGUAAAACCUUUUUGUUGUUGUUUUUUAACAUGAGAAAGGGCAUAGCUUCUUUGCCUCCGGUUUC